CCCCUCAACCUUGUUUCAUCGUGUAAGAUAGCUAUAUACAAAGUCUAGAAUACUAGCUUUCAAACAUUAAGUUUGGUUUCUGUUCUAUUUCCAAAACGUAUCGCUACAAUGAUAUGGUAAUGGUAUAAGUGAAUGUAAACUAGCGUAGUGUAGGUAAACAUAUUGUAACGCACGUUCCUGCUUUGGGAAUCGUUUCUGUGCACUGUCAAACCAAACCAACAAAUGUAUGUUUGAGCGUCUGUGUGUCUGAGAGGAUGUGUGAGUGUAUGUGUGUGCGUGUGUGUCUGUAAGCAAUGCCCAACCAAUGUGAAUGUUUGAAUGUUUUCUUAUGCGAAAUGUUAAAUAGGAGCAAUUUAGAAACAUGUAUACACAUCUUGCGAUAAAUGCUAGAAGAAAAAGAACACGUGGAAAAAAUAGUGAAAAUCAUUUCAAACAGCAGCAAAAGAGGGUUCAAAAUGAAACGAUAAAAAGGCAAACGAGAAAGCAAGUGAAUCAUAGAGAGAAAGAGAGAAAGAGAACAUGAAAACAAAAAGGCGGAAGGAAACAGACAGAAAGCUCACAGGAACUAUGCACUGUGUAGUGGAGGGAAAAGGUGAAAAAAAACUCGUGUGAAAAUACUAUUUUACGUGAAAAUGCAAACUAAUACAACCUUACACCGGUAGCUGGGCGCCAGAGUCCAGGCAACCGAAUUGAAAUGAAAAACCAAAACUUUCGUGCACUAUUUGUAAAAUUGACUUGUGGGACAGAGUGGGAGAAUAAGAAUUAAAUUGAAGCUAGGGAAAACCCAACACAAAAAAAAACAAACAAAAACCAGUCCACUUGGCUAAGCUGUAGCGGUGUAAAUGUCAUUGAUCUGUCAAGGCGAUGGCCUUAUACUAAAAGUUCGAUGGCACAGACAGAAUACAGUAGCAGCUCAAUCAAUUGAAAACUAUUUGCAGCAACUGCACUAAAAAACCAAAGCAAGAUGAAAAAACAUACACACACAGAACACGAUAUUAUAUAACUGAUAGAUGAAAAGAUAGAAAGUGAGAUGAAGUAAAAGAAAUGAAAAAAAAAUACAACAAUGAUAAGAAAAGGAUAAAAUGAAGCAAAAGCGAAGAAACUAAUAGACGGAAACCUUACAAACCGAGCAAAUGAAUAUAAACAAAAUGAUAUAAAGCAGACAGAGCAUAGCAAAACUCCAACCGGUGGAAUCUGUUUAGGUGUAAAUAUAGCAACUUGGCAAUUGGGAGGGUUUACAGCAAACCAAACCAACAAGAAAGGAAGGAAGGAAAAAAACAACCGCACACAAAAUGGGGACAGAUUUAUAAACGAGAGCAGUGUGAUGAUGUGACGGCUAAGCAGCUAAGCAGGCGAGGUAUGCAGAUAGUGCAUCUAGCUAAAAGAUGAUGAAAAUGAAAAUUAAAAGAGGUAAGGAGCAGACGCCAGGGAAGCAUAGGAGCUACAGGUGGGGGAGGCAGGUACGGCAAAGUGAAAAUAAUAAACAGUGGCCAAUGAAUGACCGAAACAAAGAAAACGCUGCUUUGACAAAACUUAUUUUUUGAGCUCCGAAACUGACUUGGAAUUGGAGUUUGUAUAAUUUUGUACAAUUACUUUUCGAAUGCACCGUGUAGACGCGCCUUCAGACCCGGCUAGAUACACACAAACACAUGAUCAACUCCACGUGGCGCGGGCGAAUGCGUGAUCAAAACAAAACCACCGCUAACCCACACACCAGCGCAGCAAAAGCUUCAAAAGCCGAACAUGCGCCCGAGCAGACACGAUCGCCGUACGAUCGUGCAGCAUAUGAGCAAGCGACGAACCUCCCUGCUCCCCAUCGAAAAUGUGUCUAUCCUCUUCCCUCCUUCACGGCAGACCACAUGCACUCACACACACACAAAGAAGCCACUUCUAAAAGCAUAAAAACCUGUUCACCCCAAGCAGUCGCAUGGCACUGACCGGGCGAUGUACCGAAACAGCUGUUAGAAGCGGGUCUGCAUCCACCGACGUUAAAUGCAAACCAUCCAGGGGGUCGUCUCACUGCGCUGUAAGUGUGUGUGUGUGUGUGUGUGUGUGUGUGUGUGACGUCUAAAGGGGGAUGAGGGGAUGAAGCACUUUUCUGUGAAAGAAAAAGCUCUCCAACUCGGCACGCUCGUCUCUCUCUCUCUCUCUCUCUCUCUCUGUAUGGAUUGCAUGCUGCUGCAGUCCUCCCCCCGAAAUACGGCAAGAGUAGUGGGAGUUUGCACAGCAGGAAAGCUCCCAAAACAACCAAGCAACAGGCGGCACCCACCGCUUAUCUUCCCACCCUCUCCCCCUUCCAUCACACACACACACACACACACACACACACAAAUAAACAGCGAAUGGAAAGAGACGGCAAUGCUGUCGGCGGCACAAAAUGUAGGUCUCCAUCGCCUGCCUGCCAACCGUGUGCACACCACAGCCGGCGUUGGUUUUGGUUCGAAGCCGACCAGACGAAAGAAAUAAACAGAAAAAUUACCGUAAACAGCUCUUCAGUUAAACCGCGAACGCUAAUCGGAACAGUUCGCAAUCGGGGCGCGCGUGUUUGAUGCGUGUACGACGUGGUAAGGGUAGCAAGCUCGACAUUCCUCCUUGCGCAAAACUGUGGUUGCAGUGUUAAAUCGUUCGCUUAAUUCGUGGGAGCAAGAAAACGCCGGCAUUCUUUACGUUUCUUUUCGUUCGAAAAUAAAAUCUUGUGUAAAUCGAAUCAAAACCUUGCACCCUCUGCUCCCCAACGGAAAAGCGGUGUGUGGUGCGAUACCAUUUUUAAACUGUUUCUCUGCUGUGCGCGGAAAUCGAGUGAAGCAAAGUGCAAAUUGAAUUGUUUCAGUUGGAUUUGGCAGACGCUUCUCCGUACUUGGAGCUAGCAACCAGCAGCAGUAGCAACGCCAAACCCCAACCAAAAGGGCCAAUCCAUUUCGUUCCUCACAACGAUCAAGCACUCUGCUCCGUCUCCGGUGCCGAAAGAAUAACAGUUACAGUAAUCCCACAGACUUCUCUUCUCAGCGGAAAUACAGCAGUUCGGCUGGUCAACGCACAAGGAAAGUGUUGUGUGUGUGUGUGUGAUUCAAGUAGAAAGGCAGCUGAGCAGUGAUUUUAAACCUCGUCUCAUCUUCCUGGACACCCCAGGGCGGAACCGUAAUGGAACCGGAUAUCAUCUUCGCUGGCGAAAUUCUGCGACAACGGUGAAAGGUUUAAAAGUGGUACAAUCGAAUUGCAUUUUUGACCCCCCGAAAGUAGUGUCCCCCCUAUCUUGGGCGUGUGUGCCAGUGUGUCGUUGUGCUUGUGGGUGUGUGAUUCACUUAAAACGCGCCAAAUUCACAAGCUUCCGUGAAAUUGUCAGCUAGCGGUGCGUUACUAUAUUUCCGUCGCGGUGGUGUAGCGGAAUCGAAAGGUGCUAAGUGAUUGAUCAACUGGAGAAGAUUUUAGGUUUCGGGGGAGAGAUUUUAGUAACCGAAACGCUUCCACAACAUUCCCCAACGACACAUUUGCGGCAUGGAUUAUUUGCUUCGCUCUCGCAGGAUGACUGUCCCCAAAAGAUACGCCGAAUUCGUUGCACUGAUUGCAAUCUCGUGCACGCUGUUCCUGUUCCUGCACACCCAGAGCUUGACGUCGCGGUUGCGCGAAAUGGAGGAUCGACUACAGGAACCGUCCUCCCUGUCCGCCGCCAGUGGGCUGAGUGGUAAUUCAAUUAGCCAAGCAUCGGCCGGCGCUAACCAAAGCCACCAUCCGGAUGAGCACCUCCAGCACCACGACCGAGAGCUGAUUGGCAAUCUGCAUCAUACGUACAACUAUCUUAAAAGCACCGGACAGAUGCAAACGCUCAAAGCGACGGAGCUGAACAACACGCGCCGGGCCGAGGUGCCGAUCAUCUUCUUCAACCGCGUGCCGAAGGUCGGCAGCCAAACGUUCAUGGAGCUGCUGCGCCGGCUAGCCGUACGCAACGACUACACCUUCCACCGGGACGUGGUCCAGCGGCUCGAGGUGAUCCGACUGGCGCCCGAGCGGCAGCAGGAGCUUGCCGAGAUGGUGAUGGACCUGCCGGUGCCCUCCGUCUACGUCAAGCACGUGUGCUACACGAACUUUACCCGCUUCGGCCUGCCGAUGCCGAUCUACGUCAACAUGGUGCGCGAUCCGGUCGAGCGCAUCAUCAGCUGGUACUACUACGUCCGGGCGCCCUGGUACUACGUGGAGCGCAAGCAAGCCUUCCCCGAUCUGCCGCUGCCCGAUCCGCGCUGGCUGAAGAAGGACUUCGAGACGUGCGUUCUGCAGGGCGACCCGGAGUGCACCUACUCGCAGAACGCGGUGCACGAGGGCAUCGGGGACCACCGCCGGCAGACACUGUUCUUCUGCGGGCACGGUGAAGAGUGUCUCCCUUUCAACAGUGCCGGUGCGCUGGAGCGGGCCAAGUACGCGGUCGAAAGCCAGUACGCGGUGGUGGGCGUACUCGAGGACCUCAACACCACGCUGACCGUGCUGGAGAAGUACGUGCCGCGAUUCUUCAGCGGCGCCAGCUCGGUCUACUUCAACGAGGUGAACGUGCUGCAGAAGAUCAACAAGAACAACUUCAAGCCGCCGGUCAGCGAGGAGAUCAAGAAUCUGGUCCGGCGAAACUUCACCAAGGAAAUCGAGUUCUACCAGUUCUGCAAGCAGCGGCUCUACAAGCAGUACCUGGCGACGCAGGUACCACUGAAAUGAAAAAGUGUUCCUUUUAUGGCACGCGCGCGCGCGCCGCGCCCAACAGCACUGCCGGUGCUUUGCAGCUACGAUAAGAAAUAAAGAUGGCCAACUGGCCAACACACACACACACACCCCACUCCCUUAAGCACACACUGAAACAUUCCCACAACAGCAUCAUUAUUUAUGUAUAAACUAUUCAUUUAGCGUGUAGGGGCCCAUCAUCGAGCGGCGUAAGAAGGUUUAAUCCACCGAUCAGCCAGGAGAUCGCGGGAGGCGAAGAUCGCGGCAUCGUCGGUGGUGUAUUUGUUUUGUGUCGUUAGCAGAAGAAACAUGUGUAAAAUAAAUAUUAAAUUUACAACAACGUUGAGAAAGGCUCUUUGAGCUGUGCUAUUCGAAUGUUUUGACUUGAAGCUUUAGGAAGGAAAGAAAAUAAAACCGAAUUUUAAAUCUGAAAUUCCGAAAAAAACCGAACCUUUAAUAUAUCUCUUGAAAUUCUGUUUUCUGUUGCUUUUUUUUUUUUGGUUCACAUCAAUUCACACACACGCUCGAACUAAAAUAAAUAUAUGUAAAUCUUUGAAAAUGGGUGAUGUACGCGUUUCCUGUUUUUCCUGAGGUAAUUCUAUACCAAUGCUCACCAUGUAUCGGGAACACUAAAAGCCUCAUCAUUUAUACUUCA